AUGGGUAAUAGUACUCUGGAGAAUGGAAGACUGGGGGUCACACAAAACUGUCAGAGAUACAAUGUGGACAAUGAACAAUAUAAACUGAAGCAUGCGAUGAUGAUUAGUGUUAUGAACUGUAAAGAUCUGUGGAAACGGCCAGUUGACCAUGGGAUUUCUGACAACAAAAUAGAUGAGCAGCCAAUCAAUAAACUGUUUGAUCGUAGUCUAUGUCUGAUGGAUGGCUGUGCAAGUUACCAGUAUGGACGGACAUCAUGGCUUUUACAAGUGACCUUCUACUGCUGCCUUUUUCAACAUUCGAAAAACCUACAAGACUGUGAGCCACGAAACUCAAAGUCUUAUGUCAACUUUCUUGAUCACUUGAACAUAAGUGGUGUGGUGGGUGCUACAGAUCAUUCAGAAGACAUUGCCAUGGCCCCUGCCUCAAAGAAAGAGCGUAUAGAAGGUGUGUAUGUGAAUAAGAAAGUCAUCCAGACGCAAGGCUUCAACAGGACCACCGUGGUUACCCAGUUCACCCUGGUGGGCUUCUCUAGCCUGGGGGCACUCCAGCUGCUGCUGUCUGUCCUCUUUCUUCUCCUGUACGUGACCAUCCUGCUGGCCAAUGCCACCACCAUGGCUGUCAUCCGCUGAAGCAGGACUCUACACCCUCCCACGUAUGGGUUCCUGUUCAUCCUUUCCUUCUCUGAAUCCUGCGACACUCUUGGCAUCAUCCCUCAACUGCUGGCCCAUCUGCUCUCAGCCACCAAGGGCAUCUCCUCUGUGGCCUGUGCCAUGCAGCUCUUCUUCCUUGGCUUUGCCUGCACCAAUUGCUUUCUCAUCACUGUGAUGGGGUACGAUCGUUAGGUGGCGAUUUGCCACCUUAUGAGCUACAUGCUCAUCAUGAACAAGAGGGUGGGGUUGGGGUUGGUUUCCCUGUCCAGAGUCACAGGCUUCUUCAUUGCUUUGCUGGCCACCAAACUCAUCUGUGACAUGACUUUCUUUGGUCCCAACAGAGUCAACCGCUAUUUCUGUGACAUGGCGUCCGUCAUUAAGUUGGCCUGUGCAGACACCCAUGUGAAAGAACCGGCUCCAUUCAGCCGAAGCAUUCUGGCGAUCAUGGCGCCUUUCCUGCUGAUUCUGAUCUCCUGUGGCUUCAUCGUUAACACCAUCCUGAAGAUCCCCUGGGCUGAAGGGAAGAAGGCCUUUGCCACACGCGUCACCCACCUCGCGGUAGUCUUCGUGCACUACGGCUGUGCCUCCAUCACCUACCUGAGGCCCAGAUCCAAGUCUGCCCCAGACAAGGAUCAGUUGGUGGCAGUGACCUACACUGUGGUCACUCCCCUGCUCAAUCCUCUGGUCUACAGUCUGAGGAAUCAGGAGGUGAAGUCUGCCCCGAAAAGAUUUUUGGGAAAGCCCUGGAACCACCAAGGUGAUCUAACAAAAAACCCUAAAAUUAACGAGGGAAGUUACAGGAGAAAUCAAAGGCGGGACGCUUUCUCUGUCUUUUUACCAAUCCAGUCCUGA